GUAAAAGCUACCCGCUGAGCUACACACACGGCGCCGCUGCGGUUGCAGCCUUUACUUUUACUCUCUUAUCUGCACAUCAACUGCCGCCAUAGGGGCACAUCGACGACAAGCUCGCAAUCAUGUCGCUCAACAUCUUCCGCGUCGCCGCGGACUUUAGCCACUUGGCUUCUAUUCUUAUCCUUCUCCAUAAGAUGACGCAGCUGAAGAGUUGCGCCGGCAUCUCUUUCAAGUCGCAAGUCAUCUACUUCAUCGUCUACGUCACCCGCUAUCUCGAUCUCUUCUGGACGACAAGCUACUAUAACAUCAUCUUCAAGAUUCUCUUCAUUGCUUCCUCCGGUUACAUCAUCUACCUCAUGGUCAGCGCCUACAAGCCGACCAACGAUCCCGGUCUCGAUACCUUCCAGGUCCAAUACCUGCUGGCUUUCGCUGCCGUCCUCGCCAUCCUCUUGCCCUACCAGUAUAACUUCUGGGAGAUCAUGUGGGCCUUUUCCAUCUGGCUCGAGUCCGUCGCCAUCCUUCCGCAGCUCUUCAUGCUCCAGCGUACCGGCGAGGCCGAGACCAUCACCACCCACUACAUCUUUGCCCUCGGUCUCUACCGCGCUCUGUAUAUCCCCAACUGGAUCUACCGCUACGUUACCGAGCCGAAGCACAAGAUUGACUAUAUUGCCGUUGCGGCGGGCAUCAUCCAGACGUUGCUCUACACCGACUUCUUCUGGGUGUACUAUACGACUGUCAUGAAGGGCAAGAAGUUCAAACUGCCUGUUUAA